AUGCUCUUUCGGCCAUUAUAUACCACAUUCUUUGUCCUCCUCCUUAGCUUUCUGGCUACAGGCGCGACAAUAGGCGUUCGGUCUGUGCGAAUUUCCGAGCCUGACAACACCCUCGAAGCUACGACUCAGACGAUAGUACAAUCGCAACCAAACCACGACGCAGCAUCAGUAGCUGCUCUUCCCCCGAGAUCCGAACACGAAGAUCAUGACACGAUACCAGGGCUCCACAAAACAACAAUCGACUGGAGGGAGGAUGGGUCUGAGUCUCUCAGACUAGAAUCAGAACGUGAGGCCGGGUUUCUUCCGAGUUCCUAUCAUGAGAGGUAA